AAUAUUCUUGCACGGAGGUUGCCAAUAAAGAUAUUCAUCAUUACUUUGAAAUUAUACUGAUUCGAUAUCCCCGAAUUAUUAAAUAUACACUCGGAUUAAUGGAAUGUUAUCGACAAUAAACUGCGCGAAUACAUGCAAAAUAAAACAGUACAGUCAAGUUGUGUACACAUUAAACUGUUGUACUUUCGGUUUCGAUUUCCCGUUAUCUUGCUGUAAACACACCGAUACAGGAAGUAGGUCACACGAACGACUGCAUAACCAGAUAUAUAUCUGUCAUAUAAACGAUACGAUAUAAGUAUGGACGUUUCAGGAAGAAAAGUGUUUAAUGAAGAUAAUAAUUUAUUUUGUAAGCCUUGUGAAGAAAGUGAAGUAUCAACUCGUGCUGAUGGCUUGUGUAGGGAAUGCGGGGAGCAUAUUUGUAAACCUUGUUUUGAUACACAUAAGAAAUAUAAGCUAAAUCGUGGACAUACUUUGACCAACUCUGACGAAACAGUUGCAGAAAAAGAAAACGCCGAAGAUCUAGAGAAAUGCGAGCAGCACUUCAGUGAGCUGAUAAAGUUUUAUUGUCCACAACACGAGAAAGUCGGAUGUGGUGACUGUAUGAUUCUUGAACACAAAAUCUGCAAAGUCGAGUAUAUUCGUGACAAGGCGAGAGUGUUUAAAAGCAGCCAGGAGUUCAAAACUCUUGUCCAAGGAGCCGAGAAGUAUCUCAGUGAAGCGAAAGAUAUUUCAUCCUCUAUCAAGAAAAACAAGAAACAAGCUCUAGAUAUCAAUGAGAAGUUCCUCAAGGAUGUAAACAUGUUCAAAGAAGAAUUGAUUUCACAUGUCAAUAAACUGACAAAAGCCAUAUUAAAGCAAGGAGAAAAUAUCAAGGUGAAGAACAUGAAGAGUAUGGAUGUAUUAGAAAAGGAAAAUGAAGACUUGAUAAUUGAAAUACCUCGCUUGACUGAAAUCUUUGAGUCACAGAUUGACCAACCUCAAAAACUCUUUGUAAGUUCAGUUUUACAAAAGCCUAAACUGAAUCAACUUCGAGAACAACUUGACAGCAUACAAGGCAGAAACAAGAUUGAAAGUUACGAGUUUCAACGUAAUAAUAACCUAGAGCGUGCCGUUAAAGAUGGUAAACAACUUGGAAGUAUACAAAGAAUUAAGCCGAGGAAUGAAACGGAUAUUUUUUCUUCUAUAUUUAUGGCGUCGAUCAGUAAUAUGCCUGUGUUUAACUUUGGCAGUGCAGGUGCAGCGCCAACAGCGGGUCCAGGAUUAACUCCCGGCACAUUCGCCGUUGGAGCGGGAAGCACGGCUCCGCGUCCACCAAGGGCGGUUGCACGUGCUGCUAGGCGACGUACUCAAAGGAAAUAAUUGCAUUUCCUCACAUGUAUGGAGAAGGAUGGGACGGAUAACAGAAAACAGACACGUUUAUAAAGUGAUAGCAUAUAUACAAAAUAUAAACCUGGAUUUCUCUCACUGAUUAGAUUGAAGAGUCAAGUCAAGGAUGUAGACCGCUUUCACUAACAUUCCGAACAAGAGACGUUUCUCUGUAUAAAUGUCCGGAAAAAUUUAUUUUUGAAAAUGCAUUGGUGUUUAGUGAUAUUUUUUUGAAAUGUUUGAGUUACAAGUUGGAAGUUGUUGACAUCUGGUGGUUGUAAGAAUUUGUUCCAGAUUUUGAGUUGAUGCAGAUCUCAACUAAUCAAUGUUUUGAUGAAACCAAAGCCAGAUUUGUGAUAUUUCCUCAAUUGUUCUCUUAGGAAAUAAUUAAAAAUGAAUGAUAACAACUUAUUCUAUUUAUUGUUUGCUUGUGUGACAUCUGAGUAGUGCAAUACAGAGGUAAACUUUGAAGAUAUCAUUCAAAAUUAUGUUACAUUUCAAUAUGUUCUGAAGUUUAUACUGAUUUUUGUCACACAAUAAUUGGUGUUAUAUAAAGUUGGUGAAUUACUGAAUGGAAAACAGAACUGCUGAUGCAGUUUUGGUGCAUAAUCAAGGGCAGGGUGGGGGAUAGGGGAGGGUGCAUAGAUAUUUAUGUCAAACAGAUUGAAAUUUAGACAGUAUGUAUUUUGUUAGUAAUUGAUAUUAAAAAGUGAUUAAAUGACUUCUUGACAGUAUUUAUUCAUAAAGCACUUUGGUUGCCUAAAAAAUACAGAGAGAAGCCGCCUACAUUGUACUGUGUUAGUCUUGCUAUAAAUAUCCGUAAAAUUGACAUAUCUUUGCAAUACUGUUGAACAUACAGGUGAAAAUUCAGUGUAGACCAUGAGAUUGUUAUAUACUUUAAGUGGGCAUUUCCCUUUAAAAUGUAAAUUAAUUAUUUCCAUUGCAGUGCACGAGGGGUUUCAUAAAGGGAGUGGGGACAGGGAUUUCCCUUUGCUGUAGUGGUCUGAAGCCCGGGCUAUUUUAUCAGUGGCAAAUAAAACUCUAAAUGAGAGGUCCCCCAGCCACUCCUCUGUUUUGCAAUUUCCACUUUCUACUCCGGAAAUUUUGAUAACUCAAUCGGUCUGAAACGAAAAUCCUGACAUCGGCGCUACCCCACCCACCGCAUUCCCAAUAUUACAUAUUUUGUAAAACGUGAUAGGGUAAAGAAAUAAGCAUGUCAUGCAUUAAAACUGAGUUACCAGUCACCGCGUGUUACCAUACAAUGAAGACAGUUAUUCAGUGUUAUGUGUGAUCGUUACUUUGUUAAAUUUCGAUGUUUUUCCGAGAUAAUAUGAGGCAUUGACACCGUGUGCGUUACUAGUCUAAAAGCCAACGCACGUGACUUUGAUACCGUAUACACGGCAGAUACUUUGUGAUGUUUCCUCAUUCUUUGACGGAAUUCUAUAAAAUACAAUGCGUCAAAGUACACAUACGACACAUAUUCUCUGCUAAACAGCCUAAGUAUUUAAAGAAUACUCUGCCGCAGACCGAAUGUGUACGUUAUGUUAACGCUGAGAUCGAAUUUCCCGCAUGUAUAGCACCAAAACGUGAUGCGGGUUGGCCACGGAUAUUUCAUUUCACUUAUGUUGUACUUCAAUAAGCAACUACAUUUUAUAAAGUUAUAUGUUCUCUUCUGAUGUAAACAAAAUUUGAUUUUGAAACAUUUUUUUAAAAGACCGAUUUGAUAAACAGUGCCACUCCGGUUUUCUUUAUCAUUCGUUGUUGCCCGUCCAUUUUUUUCUUUUUUGUACAGUCUGGUUGCAAAGACGAUUUUCUGCAUUUGUUUCAACUGGAGCCCCAACAAAUGAAUCAUGUAAUUUUUUCAAAUCAAGUAAUUAUAAAAAUUAUUUUUAUCGGUUUUCCGUGUGAUGUCUCAUUAAAUCAAAGACCUAUAAUGUACAAUUAUAGCUCUUUGAUUAAAUGCAGCGACCAUUUGUUUGUUACCGUGAUCAAACAUAGCCUUUUGAAAUAAACCAUCCGUCGGAUUCUAAAUAAAAGAAGUGGAUCCCCGUCGAAAUGAUUUGGAUCCAGUCAGAAACGUUAGGAAACCAGUCAAAAUGUUUAAUACACCGCAGUCGGCUGUCUGCAAACAUUAAAGGAGGUGCCGCGUGAGCACUGAUUGCGUCACGCGCUAAUUACGGACCGAUUAUCAAAGUGACAAUCAGACCGAUUGACACGUUUAUUGAUUAUCUGAAGGUGCGACCAACAAUUUCCUACUUGGCAGGUGAUCAUGUAUUGAGAUAUCGGACCGAAAUUUAUACUUUUCUCCAUUUUUACGGGACCGAAUUUUUUCGUUUUUUCACUUCACGAAUCGGUCUGAAAAGUCGAAAAUCGGUCCAAAACCGACAAACUGGCAAAUUUCCGAAGCCCUGCCUGGAAUAUGUACAGGUUGUUUCUGUUUUAUAAGAUUAUAAUAUGAUUUAUUCAGCCGAGGAUUUUGUGCUUUAUGUUUUUUGGGUUUUUUUUUGGGUUUUUUCGUUAUGUUCAUACUUAUUCAUGGAAACAUUUUACUUUUGCUUUAUGAGGUUGCUUAAGCUCCCUCUCCUCCACAUUCCUCAAAAAAUAAAAGUAAAAAAAAAAACACUUUCAUAUUUCAAUAUUCCAUCAUAAGUCAGAAUUGUUCUACUAUCAGUGCUGAAAAUUUUCACUGAAAAUUUACUGACAGAAUAGGAAACAGUGCAGACCAUGAUCAGCCUCCACAGAUGUGCAGGCUGAUCUUGGUCUGCACUGGUCGCAAAGACAAUAUCACUUGCCGUCAACAGGCUAAAGGUUAAUACUGUCUUAUUUUGAAGCAACACAGUGGAUGAACACUUGUGUUGGUAUGUUUUGUAUUAUAACUGUAUAAAAUAGUUGUACAAAUUUAUAUUCUAAAUACCUUCCAUUGAAUUCCAGGAGUUCAUCUUCAUUCAUUGGUGACUCAUUUUCAUGAAUUUCAUAGCUGUGUCAAUCUAUACAUUUAAAUCUCCACUAACUAUAUACCGGUAAUCUAUUUUUAAUCCCCCGCCGUGGCGGAGGGAUUAUAGGAAUGGUCUGUGUCCGUCCGUCCGUCCUUCCGUCUCCGUCCGUAACAAAAUCGUGUCCGGUCCAUAUCUCCUAAACCCCUUGAAGGAUUUUCAUGAAACUUGGGUCAAAUGGUCACCUCAUCAAGACGACGUGCAGAACCCAUGAGUCAACCUUGUCGGUUCAAGGUCAAGGUCACAACUCAAGGUCAAAGGUUUGAGCCUGCCAUUUUGUGUCCGCUCUAUAUCUCCUAAACCCCUUGAAGGAAUUUUAUAAAACUUUCGUCAAAUGAUCACCUCAUCAAGACGAUGUGCAGAACCCAUGAGUCAGCCUUGCCGGCUCAAGGACAAGGUCACCACUUAGGGUCAAAGGUUUGAGCCUUCCAUUUUGUGUCCGCUCUAUAUCUCUUAAACCCCUUGAAGGAAUUUUAUAAAACUUGGGUCAGAUGAUCACCUCAUCAAGACGAUGUGCAAAACCCAUGAGUCAGUCAUGCCGGCUCAUGGUCAAGGUCACAACUUAGGGUCAAAGGUUUGAGCCUUCCAUUUUGUGUCCGCUCUAUAUCUCCUAAACCCCUUGAAGGAUUUUCAUCAAACUUGGGUCAAACGAUCACCUCAUCAAGGCGAUGUGCAGAACUUAUGAGUCAGCCAUGUCGGCUCAAGGUCAAGGUCACAGCCGAAGGUCAGAGGUUUGAGCCUUCCAUUUCGUGUCCGCUCUAUAUCUCCUAAACCCCUUGAAGGAAUUUUAUAAAACUUGGGUCAAAUGAUUACCUCAUCAGAACGAUGUGCAGAAAUUAUGAGUCAACCAUGCCAGCUCAAGGUCAAGGUCACAACUAAGAGUCGAAGGUUUGAGCCUUCCAUUUGGUGUCCACUCUGUAUCUCCUUAACCCUCUUGAAGAAUUUUCAUCGAACUUGGGUCAAAUGAUCACCUCAUCAAGAACUCAUGAGUCAGCCAUGUCAAUUCAAGGUCAAGGUCACAACUGAAGGUCAAAGGUUUCAGCUCUGUAUCUCCUAAACCCCUUGAAGGAUUUUCAUGAAACUUUGGUUAAAUGAUCACCUCAUCAAGACGUGCAGAAUUCAUGAGUCAGCCAUGUCAGUUCAAGGUCAAGGUCACAGCUAAAAUCAAAGGUUUACCCUUUCACUAUCCAUAACUGUGGCGGGGGAUUUAGCUGUCUUUCAGACUGCCUUGUAUUCAAAAGCCAUGAACACACAAAACUUGUUGAAAACCACAAAACUUAAGGCCAGCUGAAAUGUUUUCACAAUGCAGUGAAGAAAUGUCAGUCUCAAGUUUGUUCUCUCUAAAAUUAAUGCAGAUAUUAAAUUGAAAAUUUAAACAAUUUAUUGUGGUGGAUAAAACAUGGUGAAAAAGCGCAUGUGUCAUAACUGAGAAUUUUUUUGUGCAAAGUUAUGCCCCUUUUGGAUUCAAAAUUGCAGGUUUAAAUUAAGCAAAUACUUGAUUGAAUAUUCACACAGAUUUUGGGUGCAUUUGAACAAAUCACAGCAUUAAGUCCCAUAACUUUUACGUGAUUUUGGAAAAAAUUUUUGUUAGAUAAAAUAUCCAUUUUAGUGAUAAGCCUUAGAAUAGCUGAGUGUGUUAUGAGACAGUUCUUGAUUACUUGAUGAUUUAUUACAUAUUUUCACAACUGCCUGUUACCAGGUAAAACCUUUUAUAUUUAGUUUUUUUUUUUUUUUUUCGAAGAACAUUCUUUAUUUCCUGGUAUUAACUUAUUGUAUUUAUUCUUUAAAACACACUCAGCAUCACUCUAAAAGUGUGAAAUAAUUUCAUUUUGUGGACAUUUGAAGUUUGUGAUUUUAGCUAAAAAGGCUGUAUCAUGGAUACAUAAAUUUUGAGGUUUUAAGUUUUAUUUUGUAGCCAUGAAAUUCACAAAAAUUAGUCACCUAAAAAUAAUGAAGAUUUCCCAAUACACUUGUAGUUACAUGGAGAAAUCUCAUUCAAAUGAUUUAUGAACUGUCUCAUCUAAGGUCUGAAUAAUUGAUAUAUUGUAGAUAAGUGCUAUAGACUUAUUUAUAAGAUUUGUAAAAUGUAAAAGAAAUAUGCCAUUAAAUAUGAAAUGUUCAACAGAAUUUGUUU